UUUGACCGCCAGCACUGCAGUCAGUUACCCAGCAGGAAUAUUUUCGCAACAUCACAUCGUGUUUAGCAACCAUGUCUCUUGAAGAAGGCAAGCGUAAGCGCUCCAACAUAAAGCGCAACAUUUCGCGUAUUAAAUCGAUCGUCGAAGCGGCAAGGGAGUCAGAUGAUAAACUUACCAAUGCUGAGCUUCAAUGUCGACUAGGAAUACUGGAAUCUUACUUCAAGCAGGCCUUAUCCGUCCAAGCUGACAUUGAGGAUUUAGAUCCACUUGACAACGGCCGCGCAGAUCUGGAAGAUAGCUACGUAGCAGUUAAGCUGAAUAUUCAAGCGCAACUGGGAGAAGAUGCUAACGGUACAGUGCACUUUCCCGAAACGUCAACACCAGCAGUUGUUAAGCCCUCGUCGCAUCUGCCAAGACUAACAUUGCCAACAUUUAGUGGCGAUUACGCAGACUACAACAAUUUUAUUAUGUCAUUUACCCAGAUCAUUGCUCGCGAACCAAGGCUGUCGAACAUAGAAAAAUUUAACUACCUGUUGACUUGUUUAAAGGGUCCCGCGCUAGAAACGGUUCAUGCAUUCCAAGUCACUAGCGAAAACUAUCCGAAGGCUUUGGAUAGGCUCAAGCAACGGUUCGACAACCCAACGUUAAUUUUUUUGGAAGGUAUUGCCUCACUGUUCGCAUUACCGGCACUGGAAAGGUCGAACGCUCAACAGCUGCGCAGUUUAAUAGACAAGGCAUCGGCAAUUUUUAGCUCCUUGGAGUCAGUAGGAACGUUUGCAAACAUCGCACAUGCAUUGCUAAUUAACAUUGUGAUGGGCAAGUGUGAUCAGCAAACCAGGAGCAAAUGGAACGAGUCUCUGGACUACAAGUCGCUUCCAACUUGGUCACAGUGCACUCAAGUCGUGGAACGACAUUGUCAGUUCUUGCACUCAUGCGAGGCAUCGUCACAACGAAAACCCGAGUCUGGCAAGCAAAAUCGCGCAAGCAAUCGCAUGCAAAAUUCGUCAUUUGCUAUCACUAACUCUAAUUGUGUUCUUUGUUCCAGUUCCAACCAUAAACUCGUCAGUUGUUUGAGGUUUAAGGAGAUGAACACAAAUCAACGCUUUGAUCUCAUCAAGAAGCAUGAUCUAUGCAUCAACUGCUUAGGCAAUGGUCAUAGAAUGAUCCAAUGUCCAUCCAAGAAUCGCUGCCGCUCUUGCAAUCGAGCACACCACACGUUGUUGCAUCAUGAGAAUGCAUCUCAACCCACUCAAACAACUCCAGUGGCAGGUCCCGCGUUCCAGCCUUCGGGGUCUACUCGACCUACAUGGCAAACUUCAUCUCAAGAAUCGACAGCAACCCACUCGCACAUGGGUGCAUCGGAAGGUGGACAGGUGAUUCUUGCAACGGCUAUGAUCCUGGUCAAGGACGUUACGGGUACGUAUAAGUUGGGCAGAGCCCUCCUAGAUUCAUGCUCUCAACUCAAUUUCAUCACUGAGGAUUUCGCGCAAAAACUACGCCUUCGACGUGAGAAACAUAAUGUGGGCGUUCGAAGCAUUGGAGACUCGCUAACCAGCCUUAAGGCGCGUACGACCACGACCAUCAAAUCGCGCACUUCAGCCUUUCAACUGUCACUUCAAUUCGGAAUCACCUCGCACAAAGCAUACCAGCCAGAUGCCGAGAUCGACACGUCCGGUUGGAGCUUGCCAGCCAAUACCAAAUUAGCAGACGAGAUGUUUUUUAAGCCCCGGCGCAUAGACCUGUUGUUAGGAACAGAGGCCUUCUUUGAUGCUCUUGCUGUUGGCCAAAUUCGACUGGGUCCAAAUUUACCGACGCUUCAGAAGACGUUGUUUGGUUGGGUCGUCUCUGGUAGGUUUCGAGGUGACUAUAACGUGACGUCAUCAUCUUGUCUGCUGUCAAAUGAAACCUCAAUCGACGAGAACUUGCAACGCCUAUGGCAACUGGAAGCCAUCGACACGUCACCAAAACCAACUCAGCCAGACCAUCGAAUUUGUGAAGAGCAUUUCACAAAAACAACUCAUCAAGACCACACUGGUCGAAUUACUGUAAAUCUGCCAUUUAAAGACAACCCAAUUUGUCUCGGAGAUUCCUUCGAUAUCGCUCGUCGGCGAUUCCUUGCGCUUGAGAGACGUCUUCUACGUUCGUCCGAAAUCCGUCCGCAGUACAUUGCCUUCAUGGAAGAGUACGAAAGUCUUGGCCACAUGUCAGUAGUAGCACACCCCAACUUGAAAGAGCCACACUACUAUAUGCCACAUCACUGCGUGAUUAAACCUAGCAGCACGUCAACCAAAUUGCGAGUAGUGUUUGAUGCCUCGUGCCGCACCUCAACACAAACAUCAUUGAACGAUCAUUUGUUAGUGGAGCCCACAAUUCAACAAGAUUUAUACAUGCUUCUAUUACGUUUUCGUCUGUAUCGUUUCGCCAUCACCGCAGAUAUCACUAAAAUGUACAGGCAAGUACUCGUAGAAAAUAAUUGUCGACAAUUUCAAAACAUACUUUGGCGAGCUUCCCCAGACUCAGAUCUCCGCACGUACCAGCUCAACACUGUAACAUACGGAACAGCUUCGGCCCCAUACCUUGCGGUACGCAGCCUACACUACCUGGCAGACCAACAUAUGGCAGAGUUUCCGAUCGGCGCUUCAGCAAUAAAAUCAUCCUUUUAUGUCGACGACAUGUUAUGUGGUGCCGACGAUAUAACCACGUUACACACACUCAGGCAUGAAGUUGUUGAAGUACUCCGUCGUGGACAGUUUCCAAUAUCGAAAUGGCACUCAAAUCACCCAGACUUCAAGGAAGGUCAAGCAACAAAGGAGCUUCAUAUCAACGACGAUUUUGUGACCAGUGCAUUAGGAGUAACAUGGCAUCAACGAAGCGACGUAUUUUCGUUCGGCUUUAACCCGAAACAGCAAUACAAUUCGGUUACAAAGCGGACAAUAUUGUCUAUUGCCUCAUCGCUGUUUGAUCCACUUGGCUUGUUGUCACCAUUGAUAAUCACUGCCAAGAUUAUCCUCCAAGAGCUAUGGUUAUUGAAGCUCGAUUGGGACGAGUCUGUACCUCAGCACCUACAACAAGCUUGGACAAACUGCUUAGCAUCAUUAAACUCGAUUUCGUCACUCAUCGUGCCUCGUCAUUGCUUGCAACCAACCAUACGGAACAUACAAAUACACGGGUUUUGCGACGCAUCAAUUCGAGCAUACGGUUGCUCUGUAUACAUACGUACGGAAGACCUGGAUGGACAUGUUGAAGUUCAGUUAUUUACAUCAAGGUCAAGAGUCGCUCCAGUCAAAAGGCAGUCGCUUCCCAAACUUGAACUUUGUAGUGCGCACCUUCUUGCAUUUCUCUACGCAAAAAUAAAAGAUGUUUUUACUGAUCAACCUCUAAGCAGUUACUUUUGGACCGAUUCACAACUAGUACUGCAUUGGCUUCAACAGCAUUCAAUAACGCUUUCAACUUUUGUAGGGAACAGAGUAUCGGAUAUACAAGAGUUGACUGUAGGUGGACACUGGAGAUACGUACCAACGCGCGAGAAUCCUGCGGAUCUUGUAUCUCGAGGCUGCCCUACUGCAGAACUUAAACAAUCGACUUGGUUUUCCGGUCCAGCUUUUUUGUUUCAAGAUCAGACUAAAUGGCCAAAUCAAAAACCACCAGUUGACCUCGACGGAGACGUCAUCAAUUCGGAAAAACGCAAAACGACACUUACCACAAUGAUGGAGACAAACUACAUUCUCAACAUCAUCAAUGGCAUUAGCUCGUACCCCCAUUGCUUACGUCUAGUCGCCUGGUUAUUCCGGUUUUUUGAUUCGUCCAGAAAGAAAUCAAGGUUCACUACCGCUUCACCAUCGCCUGACGAAUUGCGACGCGCUUCACAUUGCUUAAUAUGGAACGUUCAACAGCAUCACUUCUCUGUCGACUUUCAGUUACUAAAGAAAAAUCGAUCAUUAAAAAGUAAUUUAAAAUUUUUGACUCCAUUUAUAGACACUUCGACUGGAUACGAGCUUAUCAAGGUUGGUGGCCGUCUGGACUACACCGAAUUACCAGACAGCCAAAAACACCCAUUGCUGUUGCCCAGUAAUUCACAAUUUAUUUUGACGUAUGUACGCCAUUUACAUCUUCGCAAUUACCAUGCAGGCCCAAAAGCCUUAGUCGCCUUGAUCCGCCUUGAAUAUUGGAUUGUGAACGCCAGAGAUUUGGCCCGUCGCGUCGUUCGUUCGUGUGUGCAUUGCGUUCGAUACAAGCCCACCUUGCUGCAGCAAGUAAUGGGACCCCUACCAAGAGAGCGUGUCCAACCAACACGUCCAUUUGAACGCUGCGGAAUCGACUUUUGCGGACCAAUAAGCACUUACCUGCGAGUCCGAGGAAAGACACCUACCAAAUCAUACUUGGCGAUAUUUGUUUGUCUUGUCACUAAGGCGGUUCAUAUUGAGGUGGUCUCGGACUUGUCUACAAAAGCAUUCCUGAACGCUCUAAAACGUAUGGGUGGUCGGCGAAAGAUGCCGUGCCACAUUUUCUGCGACAACGCCACGAAUUUUGUAGGAGCAUCCAACCAUUUGCAAGAGGUCAAACAAUUUUUGUUCAAGCACGAAACCCAGAACGAAAUUAACAAAUAUUGCUCUUCCGAUUUUAUUAAUUUCCAUUUUAUCCCACCUAGGGCACCCCAUUUUGGCGGCCUCUGGGAAGCAGCAGUUAAAAGCGCAAAGGGACUGCUCUAUCGCACAUUGGCUAAUACAAGAUUAACAUAUGAAGAACUGAGCACUGUAGCUGUGGAAAUAGAGGCCAUACUAAACUCGCGUCCGCUCUCACCGCUAUCAUCAGAUCCCAAUGACUUUGAAGCACUCACUGCUGGACAUUUUUUGGUCGGGUCAUCGCUACGUGCCCUACCCGAAAGCUCACUCGAAGAGAGAAAUAUCUCGAAUUUGGAUCGAUACGAUAUGAUUACGGCCAUCAAGCAGCGCUUUUGGCGCCGCUGGUCUUCAGACUAUGUCAAUGAACUACGCUCACGAGUCAAGUGGACGACACCUACACCCAAUCUUGCAGAAGGUACGCUAGUGAUCAUCCACGACGAUAACCUCCCACCACAACGCUGGAAGCUUGGUCGCGUUGAGUCGACCGUACGUGGACGAGAUGGUCAUGUUCGAGUUGUGCGCCUCCGCACUACUAAUGGGAGCUGUUGCCGGCCUGUUCACAAACUUGCCAUCCUGCCAGUGUCUUGAAAGUGCAUCCUUUCAACGGGGCCGGGAUGUUGGAUCACCCUUUAUGCUUAAAUAACUUAACACUAAAUAUGUACAAAUAAACAUCCACUCAUUGUAAAUUUGCAUACGUACACACACACACACACACACAGUCAAUAUUACUUAUUAUUGCUCUCUAAUGCUCUUUUAGUCUGAUGAAUCUUUCGCUUGUAAAUAAUUAGCAUGAAUUUCAAUAAAUCUUU